CCUCUCCUCUUUCCAUCGACAGAAAAUUCAAGGACUGCAUUCUCUUGCAAUGGGCUUUUUUACUUCCUGUUCCGACCUUCCUCUUCGCAGAUUCAUUCUACAUGCGUUUUACGUUCUUGGGUUCCUCAGAAAUCUCAUCUUCUCCCUUUUCAGGCUUCUGGGCCUGACCCAUCUCCUCGAAUACGAAGUUCCAGACGCGUCUGAUCGUAUCCGAUUGCCUGGGUUCCAGUCCGUGUCGGCAAUGCUCAUCCGUCAGAUCUUGCCUUUGGUCCGUUUUGGGGAUUUGUAUGCGGAGAAGGUGAUGGAUGAGUGUGUGAUUUGCCUGUGUGAGUUUGAGGAGGACGACGAGAUCCGACGGUUGAGGAACUGCGAGCACGUGUUCCAUGGGAGCUGUUUGGACCGUUGGAUGGACUGCGACAAGCAGACGUGCCCAUUGUGUAGAAGUCAUUUGGUUCCAGAAGAGAUGAGGGAGGAAUUCAAGGCGAAGCUUUGGGCAGCAGAGGAAGCUCUGUAUUUGGAUGGUGAGGAUCCGUCCGCCUCGCAGGACGUCGAUUUGUUAUAAACAGGUUAUUCAGCAAUCCAAUUCAGCCAAUUUCCUAAAAUUAAUUUGUAAUUUUUUUUAUUUUUUAUUUUGAAUGAAAGAUGUAAAAGGAUUCAAAUUGUUUAUAGAUUAAUUUGUUAUUUGA